AUGGACGCGUGUGCGGACAGCGGUCCGGCGAAGCGCGCGGAGAUAUACACGUACGAGGCGCCGUGGCCCGUCUACAGCAUGAACUGGAGCGUGCGUCCCGACAAAAAUUUCCGCCUCGCCGUCGGAAGCUUCAUAGAAGAUUACCGGAAUAAGGUGGAGAUAGUCCAGCUAGACGACAACACAGGCGAGCUGAGGAGCGACCCGCGCCUGACGUUCGACCACCCGUACCCGCCCACCAAGCUCAUGUUCGUCCCGGGCCGCGACGCUGCCCGCCCGGACCUGCUCGCCACGUCCGGCGACUUCCUGAGGAUUUGGCAGAUCACAGACGACGGCGUGCGCAUGCGCAGCGUACUCAACAACAACAAGAACAGCGAGUUCUGUGCGCCGCUCACCUCCUUCGACUGGAACGAGUCCGAACCAAGGAGGCUCGGGACGUCCAGCAUCGACACCACGUGCACCAUAUGGGACAUGGAGAAGGAGGUGGUGGACACACAGCUCAUUGCUCACGACAAGGAGGUCUACGAUAUCGCCUGGGGGGGAGUUGGCCUCUUCGCCUCCGUCUCAGCUGACGGGUCAGUGAGGGUGUUUGAUCUGCGGGACAAGGAGCACAGCACCAUCAUCUACGAGAGCCCCCAGCCAGAGACACCUCUGCUGCGCCUGGGGUGGAACAAGCAGGACCCGCGCUACAUGGCAACCAUUCUCAUGGACUCGCCCAAAGUGGUCAUCCUCGAUAUAAGAUUCCCCACUUUGCCAGUGGCGGAGCUACAGCGCCAUCAGGCAUGUGUGAAUGCAAUUGCAUGGGCACCACACAGUUCAUGUCACAUCUGUACAGCAGGAGAUGACGCCCAAGCUCUGAUCUGGGACCUGUCCACCAUGGCCCAGCCUGUGGAAGGAGGGUUGGACCCCAUUUUGGCCUACACUGCUGGUGCAGAGAUUAAUCAGCUACAGUGGUCAUCUCUGCAGUCAGAUUGGGUUGCUAUAGCCUACGCAACAAAAUUGCAGAUCCUGAGAGUGUAA